AUGGACAUUGCGAGUCGAAAAUCCAAUGCCUACCUGACGUACGGAGAUUUAGUGAAAAAAGAUGGCCAGACUAAAUCACUUGAAGAACUAAGAGAAGAAAACAUUAGAAUGACAUGGUUGGCAUAUCAUCAAGUUGUACAUGGACUAAAAACAGACCAUCAAACAUCAGAUAAACCAACGAGUUUCGAACAAUUGGUGGUGAAAUCACAAGAUCACUUACUUUCAAAAAUUUACAAGCUGCUGUUAAACAUGGAGACAGCUGAGGAACAAGUCAAGACAUGGCGCCAAAAUACAGCUUGGGGAGGCUUCCUAACUAUGUUUGGGAAUGGAAAGAAAAGUAUUAUCACCCUAACCUCACUCAAAACCACCCCAGCAGAGGGGCCUGAGCAUGCUCUUCACUCUUCAGGAGCCGUGGAAGAUGGAAAUUUGUUGAACAAGGACAAAGUAGGAGGGGGCGUGAAAAAGAGGUGGGGUCUAUCAGUUAAUAUGGAAGCUGAGUUCUAUGAGACAGAAAGAGCUCCAUUGGAAGAAGGGCAGCGGGGCCAGGGCCAGGAACGUGGCCAAGAUUCCCUCUUAUGCGGCAGUGAAGAGACAGUGUUGAUCAAUUUUUUUUGCGAAGGUGUGGAAGCAGCUGUUGUACCUCCAGUCCAGUCUCCCGUUUCCUUUAGGGAGGUGGCCAUUUAUUUCACUGAGGCAGAGUGGGCCCUGCUGGAUCCAGACCAAAAAGCUCUCUACAGGGAAGUCAUGAUGGAGAACUAUGGGAGCAUGUCCUCUCUUGCAGGGGAUGAUCAGUGGAAGGUGAGUGAUAAGGAAGUGCAUAAACUCUUAACAGAUGAAGUGAAGAGUGAAGAUUUUAAAGGAAACUUCAGGAAUCAUGGUGGACCUAAGAGGCAGAAAGAAUGUCACAUAGUCGAGAAGAAAGAUAAACCCAUUUCUGGCAAAGGGAGGGAUUUCCGUGAACAAAGCCACAUAGUGGAGGAAGCAUAUAAAUGCUUGGAGUGUGGAAUGAACUUCUCAGAUCAUACCCAAUAUGAUAUCCAUUUGCAAAUGCACAGUGGAAAGAAGAACCAUCAGUGCUUGGAGUGUGGCAAGAGCUUCCUUCAUAGAGCAGAACUCCUUAGGCAUCAAAGAAGACAUAAAGGAGAGAAACCAUAUAGCUACUCAGACUGUGGUAAGAGCUUCUCACACAAAUCAGACCUUUUUGAACACAAAAGAAUUCAUUCAGGAGAGAAGCCAUUUAUCUGUCCGGAAAGUGGAAGGAUGUUCUCUUGUGGAAGAAAAGGAAAUGCACUUUCCCCGAAUAAUAGAAUAAUAGGGGCAUAUAAAUGCUCUUGGUGUGGAAAAAACUUCAGAUACAGAUCAAAGCUCCUUGUACACCAAAAAAUGCACACAGGGGAGAAACCUUUUGAAUGCUCAGAGUGUGGAAAGAGAUUUAGUUGCAGUGGUGAUCUUCAAAAGCAUUUAAGAACCCACACAGGGGAGAAACCUUUUGAAUGCUCAAAGUGUGGAAAAAAAUACAGUCGCCGUGACACUCUUCAGCAGCAUCAAAGAACGCACACAAGGGAGAAACCUUUUGAAUGCUCCGACUGUGGAAAGAAAUUUAGUUUCAGUGGCAAUCUUCAAAAGCAUUUAAGAACGCACACAGGGGAGAAACCUUUUGAAUGCUCAGAGUGUGGAAAGAGAUUUAGUUGCAGUGGCAAUCUUCAAAAGCAUCAAAGAACACACACAGGGGAGAAACCUUUUGAAUGCUCAGUGUGUGAAAAGAGAUUUAGUUGCAGUGGCAGUCUUAAAAUGCAUUUUAGAACCCACACAGGGGAGAAACUUUUUGUAUGCUCAGAGUGUGGAAAGAGAUUUAGUCGCAGUCACCAUCUUCAAAGCCAUCAAAGAACUCACACAGGGGAGAAACCUUUUGAAUGCUCAGAAUGUGGAAAGAGAUUCACUCACAAUUGCAAUCUUCAAGGACAUCUAAGAACCCACACAGGGGAGAAACCUUUUGAAUGCUCAGAAUGUGGAAAGAGAUUCAGUCAAAGUUGCAGUCUUCAACAGCAUCAGAGAACCCACACAGGGGAGAAACCUUUUGAAUGCUCAGAGUGUGGAAAGAGAUUCAGUUACAGUUGCAGUCUUCAACAACAUCAAAGAACACACACAGGGGAGAAACCUUUUGAAUGCUCAGAGUGUGGAAAGAGAUUCAGUCAAAGGGCCAAUUUAGUUGUACAUCAAAAAACGCACACAGGGGAGAAACCUUUUGAUUGCUCAGAGUGUGGAAAGAGAUUUAGUAUCAGUGGCGGUCUUCAAACACAUUUAAGAACACAUACAGGAGAGAAACCUUUUGAAUGCUCAGAGUGUGGAAAGAGAUUCAGUCACAAUGGCAGUCUUAAAAUGCAUUUAAGAACCCACACAGGGGAGAAACCUUUUGAAUGCUCAGAGUGUGGAAAGAAAUUUCAUUUUAAUCGCUAUCUUCAAAUACAUCAAAGAACCCACACAGGGGAGAAACCUUUUGAAUGCUCAGUGUGUGGAAAGAGAUUCAGUCAAAGUGGCAGUGUUCAACAGCAUCAAAGAACCCACACAGGGAUGAAACCUUAUGAAUGCUCAGAGUGUGGAAAGAAAUUCCGUUUCAAUGGCAAUCUUCAAAUACAUCAAAGAACCCACACAGGGGAGAAACCUUAUGAAUGCUCGGAGUGUGGAAAGAGAUUCAGUAGCAGUAGCCAUCUUCACGUGCAUCUAAGAACCCACACAGGGGAGAAACCUUUUGAAUGCUUAGAGUGUGGAAAGAGAUUUAGUUGCAGUGGUACUCUUCAGAAGCAUCAAAGAACCCACACAGGGGAAAAACCUUUUGAAUUCUCAGAGUAUGGAAAGAAAUUCAGUCACAAUCUUAAAAGAGCAUCAAAGAACCCACACAGUCUAGAAACACUUUGA